GGUCCCUCGUUACGGCCUCCCAUUGCUGCAGUCUCAUCGCCCACAUUCUGCCAUGUGCCACUUUCAGGUCUCCUCACAAUGCUUGGGUGGGUAGAAAUUUUUUGACCUAGGGUGCUGGCAGAUUACGGGCCUCCCAUAGCUAGCUGCCAGGCCCCUAAUGCUGCCAUAGGCCCCCUAUAUUCGCCUCCUCAUGCUGCUGCCAAGUCCAGAGUGUCUGUCAUGGGUCCCAUGUACGGCUCUUACCAUUGCUGCUGUCUCCAUCGCACAUCUGCCAUGUGCCACUUUUCAGGUCUCCUCACAACACUGCUGGUGUAGAUGUCUGUCAUGGGUCCCUGUACGGCCUCCCAUUGCUGCUGUCUCCAUCGCCACACUCUGC